CUUGAACAACUACCUUAAGGUACUUGGCCUGGUUUUUCCAUAAGUAUUCUGUAACCAAACCAAACCAAACCAAACCAUCUUCGAUCUUGCACCCGAUUCCUCGAUCAGCUGAGAAGACGAAAAUCGAAAAUAUGGCUGGCACAGUUACCAAGAACUUCCUACGCCACUGGCACAAACUGCUCGGCCUACGGCGCCAAUCGCGGCUCUCCUGGCACCGGGCGCGCCUGCGCGAAGAGCUUCUGGAGCGCCGGGACGCGAAGUCCGCACUAGACAAGCUCAGCGAGACCGCGGGCGUCUUUUUCGCCAUCAGCCGCGCCACGUACGAGGGCUUCCCCGUCCGGACGCUUCCUCGCUUUGCCGCCAGCCACCUCCUCGUGUACGUCUACAUGAUGGCCAAGUACACCUCUCGCUGGGCGUUCUACCGGCUGGCUGCUUUCCUCUGCGGAGCCCCCGGCCGCGGCCGCGUGCGCGAGGUGAUGAAUCCGGCUAAGGACAGCAAGCUAGAUGAGGUCGCUUCCCGUCAUAAUAUUGAUAAGCACAAGUUCAGGCGCGUCGGGCGCCGGUUACGUCGAGUUUGGCCCCUAUUCCCGUAGUGGUGCUGUUGAUUGCCUAGGCACACAACACCAUAUACACAAACAGGCGUACGGUAUCUUUGGCCUUGCGGAACUCAACUCAAACUCUCAACGGCCAGCUAAGUCAACGCGUUCAAUGUCAGGUUCGCGAAGUCUAUCCUCGACAGAAGACACUUUAUAUGAGGAGACUAUGAUAUAUAGUGACUACCUAGAUGAAAAGAUGCAACUCCAUAGGGUGAAAUAACUUAAGUCGCUUUAUUAACAGCUCGGUUCCGAA